AUGAGUGCACCAAAUAACGCACCGCAGCCACCCGGCCUAAUAACAUCCUCCCCCCACACCCUCCAAAACUUCGACCUCACCGCGCCCAUCCUCCGCUUCGACUUCCCCACGCCCGCCGCGCAAGCAACCUUCCACCGCGCCUUCCUACAAGUCCGCAACGAAAAAGACAAAGCAGCUUUCAUGCAACGUUUCUUCGAUAACUACGACGGCCAAGUCUCCAUACCUCGGCGUGUCAUCAUGGACACGAGCCGAGAUGAAGAAGUUGCUCGGAGGCUGCAGGAGAGUCUGCCGGUGGAGGUAGAUACAGGGAGGGAUGAGCAGAUGGCGAGACAGCUGCAGGGGCAGAUGGAGCAGAUGGGGAGGGGUGGUUUUGGAGGAACUGACACCAAUUCCGACGAGCGGGCCUCCAAGAUCCUGGUGCGUAUCCUGGACAACCCGGAUAUGGUAACGCGGCUCCUCGACGAAAUCCUCGACUACCGUCUCGUCGCUCCGAGAACCAGGAUGAUGAAUUUGAGGGCUAUCAUGGCAAUGAGGAGCAAGGCUAUCCAGGAUAUGGUCAAGGUAACAGAUGGUAUGGCUACGGCUACGACCCUCGCCGGGAUCACUGGGGUCAUCAAGGUGGAGGCUGUUAGAUGA